AUGCCAGUGAGACCCCAGCCCCAGCCGGUUUUCCAGGUUCUUGACAGCAUCACAAGAACGAAUUCAGGGGCGAGUCGAGUCAGAAUGAAGCGCAGGGCGAGAAGUUUCCAUUGCAAAGCGAAAGCCCUGCUUCAGGGGUUCUUUGGGUUUGUCCAUACUCCUGCAACUACCCGUGCUGUUCCUGUCUCCUUAGAGGAGGACAGAUUGAUGAUAUCGAAGAGAAAUUACUCUGCUCUGUGGAUCUCAUUGGCACAGGUUCCUGCUGAAGUCUGGGGGGAAAGGGGAUUCUGGAAGAGAAGCGAGACCGUUCCGCCCUCCCGCCGGCCCUCCUUCUCUCCCGCCCGGGCCCGCGCAAUUCUCCGCCAGAGGGACAGUCGGCCUAAUACGUUAAGACCUCUGAUCACUAGAUCCCCUGAAUCUCCACUGAACAACCAAGGGACCCCUACUCCGGCACAACUCACAAAAUCCAAUGCGCCUGUCCACAUUGAUGUGGGUGGCCACAUGUAUACCAGCAGCCUGGCCACCCUCACCAAAUGUCCUGUAUCCAGAAUCAGAACACUUUGUGAUGGUACAGAGCCCAUAGUUUUGGACAGUCUCAAACAGCACUAUUUCACUGACGGAGAUGGACAGAUGUUCAGAUAUAUCUUGAAUUUUCUACGAACAUCCAAACUCCUCAUUCCUGAUGAUUUCAAGGACUACACUUUGUUAUAUGAAGAGGCAAAAUAUUUUCAGCUUCAGCCCAUGUUGUUGGAGAUGGAAAGAUGGAAGCAGGACAGAGAAACCGGUCGCUUUUCAAGGCCUUGUGAGUGCCUUGUUGUUUGUGUGGCCCCAGACCUCAGAGAAAGGAUCACGCUAAGUGGUGACAAAUCCUUGGUAGAAGAAGUGUUUCCAGAGAUCGGCGAUGUGAUGUGCAACUUUGUCAGUGCAGGCUGGAAUCACGACUCCACGCACGUCGUCAGGUUUCCACUAAGUGGCUACUGUCACCUCAACUCAGUCUAG